GCAUUAUUAGUGAAAGAGGAAAAAGGCGAGCGGUUAAAGCGCGGUGUCUCAUGCUGGAUCUGAUCAUUAGGAGAUCAUCAUCAUCAUCAUCAUCAUGGCCUGGACGAAGUACCAACUGUUCCUGGCGGGUUUAAUGCUCACCACUGGCUCCAUCAACACUCUCUCCGCAAAAUGGGCCGACAUGUUCUCCGCUCCUGGUUGCUCCGGUGCCCCGGAUCAUGGCUUCUCCCAUCCCUUCCUGCAGGCCGUGUUCAUGUUUUUGGGUGAGUUGAGCUGCCUUGCUGUUUUCUACAUCCUCAUCUGCCACGACCGGCGUAAUCCGGAGCCCAGAAUAGAGCCGGGUCAGAGCUUCAACCCGCUUCUGUUUCUCCCGCCUGCUAUCUGUGACAUGGCCGGGACCUCCAUCAUGUAUGUUGCACUUAACAUGACCAGUGCCUCCAGUUUCCAGAUGUUGCGGGGAGCGGUGAUCAUCUUCACCGGCCUGCUGUCGGUGGCUUUCCUGGGGCGCCGGCUGGCACCCAGUCAGUGGGUCGGGAUCCUGAUCACCAUCCUGGGCCUGGUGGUGGUCGGCCUCGCUGAUUUCAUGAGCGGCAACAAGGAAGAACACAAGCUGAGUGAAGUCAUUACAGGUGACCUUUUGAUCAUCAUGGCUCAGAUCAUUGUGUCCGUACAGAUGGUCCUGGAGGAGAAGUUUAUUUAUAAGCACAACGUUCAUCCUCUAAAGGCGGUCGGGACUGAAGGAUUUUUUGGUUUCGUCAUCUUGACCAUCCUCCUCAUCCCGAUGUUCUACAUCCCGGCUGGGAACUUCGGCACCAACCCGCGGCAGGUUCUGGAGGACGCUCUGGAUGCUUUCUGCCAGAUGGGCCACAAGCCGCUGAUCGUACUGGCGCUGCUGGGCAACACGGUGAGCAUCGCCUUCUUCAACUUCGCCGGGAUCAGCGUGACCAAAGAGAUCAGCGCCACCACGCGCAUGGUCCUGGACAGCCUGCGCACGCUGGUCAUCUGGGUGGUGAGUCUGGCGCUGGGCUGGGAGGAGUUCCACGGCCUGCAGAUCCUCGGCUUCCUCAUCCUGCUGCUGGGCACGGCGCUCUACAACGGACUCCACAAACCCGUGGUGGCCAGGCUGCCCUGCUGGUCUGCAGCGCGGGAGAACGAGCCGGGAGAAGCAGAUGAUACAGAGAGACUGCUGAACUAAAGAGGAACAGACAGCAAAGCGCAAUGCGGACUCUGCACCAACUCCGUGGUCUCUGUCUCUGUAGAGCGCUGAACUGACUCGAUAUGUCCGGAACCCGGGGAACAUUUUAAACCUCUCUGGGUUUUGCAUUUUUAUUUGAUCUUUUUCUAGUCACAUGACCACCAGGACUGACGGUAGAAGGGGAUGCUCCGAUGCUCGUUGAUGUCAGCAGGCUGUUUUUUUUUUUUUUUUUUUUUUCUUUAUUAGAUUUAUUAAUUUCUCAUGGUGCCACAUUAGAUUUACCAAUGGGUUAAAAAGGGACAAUGAACACAGUUAGUUUAUUUUGAAAUAAUUUUAAAUUUAUUUUUUUUUUUGGCUUUUUCAUGGCCAAUAAUAUGCUGCAUUUUGAAAAUGUGGGCAUUUUUACUUGUAUUUUUCAUCGUGUUAUAUAGUUAUUAUAUAACAGAUGAUCCUCAAUGAAUAAGUCACUAUAACACAAUGCUAACUAACACUAUUCUAUCUGAAAUGGAAAUAAAACUGAGCGAUUUGAACAUCAUCUGUUCUUAAAUAAGAAAAUCCGUGAUGUAAUUGCUGGCUUGAACAUGUUUUGUGUGAAUCCCUGUUUUAAUUAAAUGACAUUUCAAUA